UAGUGUAGCGGAAGAAAAAUGUAUACAAUGGCAAUUUGGAAAUCAAUUAAGUUAUGAAAAAAAAAAAAACAUUAAUUGUUUGUCUUUGUGGUCGAUGUCUUCUGGAAUGGUGGAUUGCGAGCAGUAGUGCACUGUUAAACGUCGCUCUUUUGCCUCGAUGAGAAGCGUUAUUUGACGUGUCAGGCAGAGAGAGGAGGCUACUUUGAAGAAUGAGUUGGUCAUUUACAAGGGAAUCCAGAGGAGGUUGCUAAUUAUAAAGGCUGUCUGGAAGAUGCCAAGAAGAAAACAGCAGAAUCCACAACCUGUAAAGUUGGAUUCUGAAUAUGGCUUAGGCACUGUACAUCCAGCAAGCCUUACCUUUGAGAGUGACUUUCUGCUGGGACAGGCACUGGAGUACUCAGAUCCUGACAAUGACAACAUCAUAGGCCUUGAAAAGUUCUCAGCUGACAUCAGUCUGUCGGGCUUCCCCCUGGGAGACGAGGAGAGCUCCCCCUUUAGCCGCCUUAGUAUGGAGAGUGACGCUGACGACCUGCGCAUGACCGAAAGCGAGCGUGAAGAGAGGGUUUCUGAGUCUGCCUUUCCCUCUUACCUCUCUUGCAGGGGCUGUGGUCAGCUCCUGGAUGACCCUCUGGGACCCAGCAUUGACUUGGUGGGGCCCUACUGCAUUCGCUGCUGCAAAGGCGUUGUGGAAGAGAGGAAACUUUGCUCAGGCUUAGGCUUAUAUGCCGAGUCUAGAAGGGGAGGAAAUGAGAGUGCUUGUGGCAAGGACGGUUCCCUGAAGCUCCAUUCAUGCAAACUUUGUGGUUUCACGUCACGCUACACUAACCAUGUUAAAAGGCACAUGAAGACACACAACGGCGAAAAGCCCUAUGGGUGUCCUUUGUGCUCUUACGCGUCGGCACAACUGGUGAACCUGAAAAGACAUUUGCGCAUACACACAGGGGAAAAGCCCUAUAAGUGCAACAACUGCACUUUUGCAUGCUCUUCUUUAGGAAACCUGAAGAGGCACCAACGGAUGCAUGCAGCUGCAAGCCCUGCUCAAAGUGGUCCUCCGCCAAUGAGAGUCAACAGUUUAAACUGCACUGCUGUCGGUCAGAAAGAAAAGGAAGUGGCUCUUGCACCCAGUGAAGUUGCAGAUGCUGUACAGUCUGACUCGCGUCCCCACAUGGGACGGGAUGGGAUCUUCUUGCAGACUUUUGAUGGCCUCAGGUCGGCUCAGCAAUCAUCAUCAUCAGCAGUGUUGCAGUCAGGAAAGGCUGCUUCUGAACCAUCCACCCAACCCCCUAUGUUCUUCCCCUUCACCUGCCGGCUGUGUGGCAUGGCCCUGGAUGAUGAGGAUGGAUCCUCAGCCCAAAUUUGUGCCAAGUGCACACUAGAAAUGCUGACUAAAGACACAACAGGCUGCCCCACAGAGCGAGGGGACAAAGUCUACACCUGUGCCACCUGCCCAUUCCUUACCCAUUACCCAAAUCACCUGGCCCGCCACAUGAAGACCCACAGUGGAGAGAAGCCAUAUAAGUGCCCUCAAUGCGACUAUGCCUCCGCUCACUUUGACAACCUAAAGCGACACCAUCGAGUACACACUGGCGAAAAACCCUACAAAUGCCACCUGUGUGACUAUGCCUGUGGGAACCUGGCUAAUCUCAAGAGGCACCAGCGGGUUCAUUCAGGUGCCAAACCAUUUCAGUGUGCAAUCUGCAGCUACAGUUGCAACCAGAGUAUGAACCUGAAACGCCACAUGUUGCGUCACACGGGGGAGAAGCCCCAUAAGUGCCAAGAGUGUGGCUACACCACAGGCCACUGGGAUAACUACAAACGACACCAGAAGAAGCACAGCCUCGCUACGGAUGGCUGGGUUAAAAUUCCGAUGCCUGGAAAUGAAGAAGAGGUGGAUGAUGAGGAAGAGGUGUAGCUUUAAGGCUUGGGUAUACAUCGUUUUUUUUUCUGAAUACCGCCUGAAGAUUCUGGAAAUGUAGGAUGGCAGGGAAAGACUUGGUCAUAUUUAUGAGUAAACUGCUACCUGAUUUUUUUUUUUUAGGGUUAUGUGUAGGGGUGGGGUUAGGGUUCCAAUCAGGUAAUGCUUUCCUCAUAAAUAUAAAUGACUCUUCCAAUGCCAUCCUACAUUUUGGAAAUUCAGAAAGUGUUGCACAGUCAGGUGUUCUAGUCAUUUAAAGUACUUAAUUGACCACAACCUGCAUACAUACAGUACAUGCAAUCCAAGCAUGUGCACUAUUACUGCUUUAUUAUAUAACUCUAGGUGUAUGUUUAGAAAAAUUGGGCUGUGCACGGACUGUGCUGAUGAUGAAAUUUACAUACCGGACGGGGAAAAUGAGUAUACUAUAGCCUUAAGAAGUAAUGUGAUGUACAGAGGUUGAGGAGAGUGAGAGAUUUGUAAUUGAGUGCCAUACUAAGACAGCCGUCCAUAAGAGAUGUAACAGUAAGCUUUGUGAUUCUACAUCUCCCUUGUGCCCAGAAUUAUUUUGAAAGUCAUUAUUUUAGCCAUUUCUUGAAUAUAUACAGAAGCUGCUACACAAAGUCAUGCACAACUUUAAAUAGUAAUUUGAAUGUUUUAAUGCCUUUGAAAAAGGCAGUUUGUGUUACCCAAAGCUCUCUAAGAGCAUUUUGAGCCUGACCUCUGUCCAUUUAUCAGUGCCAAACACACACUACUGCACCACUACCGUACUAAAGGAGCUCAUCUAUAAGCCUGACAUUGCAUGUACACUUAUGUUUACCUUGGUAACUGCUUGGUUAACUCUCAGUCCUACUGGGGGGAAAAUGCCUUCAUAGAUCACAAUUAUUUUCUUAAUGUUUUAAAUGUGUUUUUUGUUCUGAAUAUUUCUGGGUGAUUGUGUUGCCUUUUUUGUCAUGUUUAUCCAAUUGACUGUGAAAUGUCAUUUGUUUGCGCUUACUUGAAGGAAAAUGGUGCAUUGUGGAUAUUUGUGUCAUGCUGAACAUACAGGUCCUUCUCAAAAAAUUAGCAUAUU